CAGCGCAACAUGGCAUGGUCACCGCCCUGCCCCCCUGCGGUUGUUGAGCACUGCAGACCAGUCGGGUGCGGCCACCGCCAAAACAAGCUGCGUCAGCCCCCCUCGUUUCGGUUGACUGCCAGCGCAUCGCUGCUUUAGCCUCCCCACUCCCCAUUGGCGCCAGACUCGUUGCCCGGAGGAGGCCCAAAGGGCGCGCAUGGCGCUGGUAUAAACAACGAACCUUGCUAACCGAGUUGCUUUGUCCGAAACUUUUUUCUUCUUCUUCAGAAUGCCGCGGAAGGCGCCAAAUCUGGAUCGGGACUUCGAGAUUUAUGUCGACCCUUCCUGUCGGAUAAGCGAACCAAUGAAGGACGAAACUCUGGCGACGCAAGUGCCGCCCUCGGCCGACGAGGCCCAGGAGCCGCUUGCCGACGGUGCAGCAAAUGAUAAUGACAUCGAACAGCCGAUCGAGGAUUGCGCUGCCGGCGCUGCCGAAGACUCGCAGGAAUCUCCUUCUCUAGACGUCGAAGCGGAAACACCAGGGGAAGAGGCUGCAGAAGAUGAGCCGGCAUCGGAACCGGAAGUCGAGACAAAAGGAGUCGAGGACGUUCCACCGGCCGACACACCCGCCGACGAAGAACAAGCCAGCCCAGCGCCUGAGGAUGCAGCACUAGCGCCGGCAGAGGAACAGGACGACACGCUAGCAGUCGAAGAUGCGCCAGCCGCGGACCCAAGUCUGGAACCGGAGGCGGCUCCGGAGGCUGUCCCUGAGUCCGAGGAUCAGGAGGGUGGUACGCAAGAAGAGGACACGGAGUCACCGGAGGUCGAAGCCGAGCAACAGGAGAAUACCGUUUCUGGGGAGUCAGCCACCGAACCACCAGAGGUAGAGGCAGCCGCUGAGACUCAGGCCGCCAGUGACCCUGCGGUCGGCGAGGCGGACGCUCCGGAACCGACUGAGGAUACGGAUUCGGAUGCUGAGGCAGAGGCUUGCAGCCAUCGAGAGUUCACGCCCGUCGACCGGAAAGCCUCACUGCGAACAGAGGCUCUCAUCCAGGCGGCUGCGCGCGCGGUGAUAGCCAGGAUUGAGAAGCGGAACAGUGGGCACGGGGCAGAACACCAAGAGGACAAUGGGUUGGACAACUCGCUCCUCAGCACCGGCUCGCAGGACACCUACGUCGUUCCAGACGCUGCCGCCGAGGCAGCAGCUGUGUACGAUGAGCAUCACACCCCGAGUCGCCCAUCGUCCCAAUCGCAAGUGCGGCACAUCCCGUCGCGCUCCACCUCGAGCGAUGAGGGCGGCGGCAACAGCUCCCACAACGACGACGAUGUGUUUAGUGAGCGCAGCGCGCGGAGCUCGGUGUACUCGCUUGACCCGCACGACAUGGACGACGUCAAGACGCUGCACGCUGAGGAGAACCUGUCGCGCCGGGAGUCGUUUGCCUCCUCCAGCAGGCAAUCUGACAGAGUGAUGUCGGGCUUGUCUGCCAUCUCGGGCCUCUCGCAGUACGACAAAGACCCCUUUGUCCCCACCAGCCGCGAAAGCCGGAUGCCCUUCCGCACACCGUCAGAGAUCCGCGCCAUGCAGAUGUCGUCCCCCACGCCAUCCGUAUUCAACGGUAGCUCUCCGCGAUCCAGCAAGCGCCACGGCGGCGGAUCUAGCGGGUUUCCGACCAUGUCCCGAGUCAGCAGCCCGAUCGCGUCUGCCCAGUACUCUCCCAAAGGCCGAUCCACUCCGCCGCGGUUCAAGAGCCGGAAAGAAGCGCCACUUGUGCUGCUCCACGUCACGCUCUUGCCGCUGCGGUGGGUGUGGGGUGACGUGCUGAACAGUCUCGAUGCGCUGCACGGCAAGCCCAUCGACGAAGCCGGAUCGACGUUCGAGCCGUCGGAGCAGCUCAAGACUCUUCGCGACUCGUGGCGCCAGCUGCAGGACCGCGUCGGCGAUACCGUGCUCGAGCGGGGCAUCCUGUUGCCGCAUCCGCAGAACGAUUACGAGGUGCUCGAGGAGCGGCUGCUCGAGGCGCUUGAACUACCCUUGCGACGGCGCGCCCGGAUUCUCGAGUGCGGACACUACCUCGGGCCGGCGAACUUCAUGGGCGAUGAGGAAGAGGAGAGCGACGAUGACUAUGCGUCGCAGCCGGAGGGGACAAAGGAGGAGAAGAGGCAUUGGUGCAACACGUGCCGGAACGAGAUCAGGUACGGUGAUCUCGGUCCUGGCAAGGUGUUCCGCAUCAAGGUCUACGCUAGCAACGGGCUUAUGAGGGCUGGAGCCUGGGAGGCCUGCUGGAAGGAGAUGGAGCGGGUCGAUGUCGAGGUCGAGCCCAUCAUUGAUUCAGCACUGCAGAACGAGCUAGAGAAGCUCGGCACGCUUCAGCUCGACUUGGAAGAGCAGCGGCAGCGGCAGCAGCGCGAGUUGGAGCUGGAAUCAGAAGAGCAGAAGCGUGAACCCACACCCGAGCGGGACUCCCGUACAUCCAGCCGCCAACAUAGGGACCACUCCGAGCCCGAGCACUCCCGUGCAGACACUCCAUCCGCCUCCAACUCCCUGGUACGCGCAGCAACGCCCGCGGCAUCUCGGCCUGUAUCGCGGCUCACCGAGCCGAUCGACACGUCCGAAGAGCGCCGUCGCCGGGAUGAGGAGCGCCUUCGCGAGAUCUACGGCGACAUGCCCCCGCCCGCACAGUCCCCCCCACCACCGCCCGUCGCCGCAAGCACCCAGCUCGUACCCGCCCAGCCGCUCCCAGCACCAAUAGAACAACAACACCACUAUCACCCCCACCAUCCCCAGCAGCAGCAACAGCAGCAGCUCUUUGCACACUCCCACGCGCUGAUGCCGGCACCUACUACUACUAGUAGUACUAGUACUUCCCCACCGCCGAUGCUCACCGAUGCCCACCACUAUCAUCAUCACCACCACAGCCCACACGAAAAUACUACCACUACCAGUAGUACAGAAAAGCGUGGCCCGCCAUCACCGUCCCGAGUCCUCCUCGACGAGAACUCGGGCUUCGUCGAGCUGCUCAUGGAGGCCUUCAAGGUCCUGCUGCGCGACCCCAAGAACGUGGCCAUCAUCGUGCUGUGCGUGUUCCUCGUGGUGAUGAUGAAGGCGCGUGGUGGGUAUCUUCUUUUGCAGGAGCAGGGGCAGGGUCAGGUCGGGGUGGGGGUGGUGCAGAUGUCGGCACCCGCUCCCGCUGGGGGUCAGGUGCAGGCUCAGGGGGCUUAUGGAUAUCAGCGGAAUGGGAAUGGGGAUGGGUACCACGGUCAGAUGCAGGAGCCGAGGCAGGAGGUGGUGAUGAUGGUGGGGGAGAAGGCUGCACCACCGGCUGUGGAUGUGGUUGUGGAUGUGUCAUCCCCUCUUUCGGUGGAGACGGCGCUUCCGGCUGUUCAUGUUGAGGAGGUGAAGGAGGAGGGGGCGCCUUCCAUGGCUGAGGAGGUCGUGGUGGUGGAGGGGCAAGAUGUGCUGCAGGUUCCGGAGAAUGCGGAGCCUGAGUCUGCGGCACCUACUGCUGACGAGGCUUCUGGCGACGAUGAGAUCCCCGCGGUCGACCACACGGACACGCUCGCCUUCUCGCCUGUGGCUGACAUCCUUGCCGGAGGCUUGGAGCUCCCUACGUCCAUUCCUAUGGAGGAAGUGCCCGGGUCCGUGGAGGCUGAAGCUGUUGAGGUGGAGCAACCUGCCGAAGCUUCGGAAUUGCCGCUCGGCAAUGAGCAGUCUGAUGAUGCUUCUGAGCUUCCGCGCGAGGUAGAAGAUUCAGCGGCCGCGAUCGAGGAGCGAAGCGAUUCAGAGUUGGCCGCGGAGUUGGAGGGUUCGGUGCCUCCGGCCUCACCUGCGUCAGAGACCACCGCGGAGAAACUGGACAACGCUGAAGCCAACGCCGCUGUCGACGAGGUCCCCUCGGCCGAUGAUGAAGAGUGCUCUGCCGCCCCGACAGCAGUGCCGCCCGAGCCCACCGAGCCUGAGGAGCCGGUCGAUAGUUGCGAAGCCGUCGACUCCGAUUCCGACAUGGGCGUUGGCUCAUCAGAGGAGUUCGAAAACCAAGAAGAAGAAGAAGAACUCCUCCCCACCCCCUCCUCCUCAACUCCCUCAUCAUCAUCAUCAUCAACCGUCUUCAUCCCAGGCCCCUUCGUGACCGAGCGCAAGACGGUGCGGGUGUUUGAGACCCUCACGGAAACGGUGCGUGUCAGCGUCGUGACCGAGACCGAGACCGUCUCGACCGUCGUGACCGCCGUGCCGCAGACCGUCGAGGAGACGGUGUAUGAGACGGAGACGGUGCGCAUCACCGUGUCUGUGCCCGUGGAGGAGCAGGGUAGUAGUAGUAGGAAGGCGGCCAGUGGGAGUUGUGGGGGCUGGUUUUAGGGUCUUUUUCUUUUUAGUCUGUCUGUUUGCGUCGACUGGACUGGACUGGACUGCGUCGAGCUUGGUAGGAGUUGGGAUUAUUAUGAGAUGUGAGCGGUUGGACGUGGGGGAUGUUCAGGUUCAUGUUCAUGUUCAUGAUGAGCAUGAUAGUAAUGUGGGAGAUGAGAAACAUGUUGUUGAUGAUGACUGGGAUGUACCGAGGACGAGUCCUGAUGUUGUGUAUGCUGUUUUGGCAGAU